UAGUAGCUGCUAUGCGUAAUACAACUUACUAUUUCCGUAACCAUGGAUAAGGCCUACAUUGCCGUCUUCUCCAUUGCCAUCCUCUUCUUGCUCGUCGACUACUUCCGCUGUCGCCGCCGCCGCGGCAGCGGCAGCAACAAUGGCGAAAACAAGGGGAUGUUGCAGCUGCCUCCGAGCCCUCCAGCCAUCCCGUUCUUCGGCCACCUCCACCUCAUCGACAAGCCGUUGCACGCCGCGCUGUCCCGCCUCGCCGAGCGCCACGGCCCGGUGUUCUCGCUGCGCCUCGGCUCGCGCAACGCCGUCGUGGUGUCGUCGCCGGAGUGCGCCAGGGAGUGCUUCACGGACAACGAUGUGUGCUUCGCCAACCGCCCGCAGUUCCCCUCGCAGAUGCCCGCGACGUUCUACGGCGCCGGGUUCGGCUUCGCCAACUACGGCGCGCACUGGCGCAACCUCCGCCGCAUCGCCACCGUGCACCUCCUCUCCGCGCACCGCGUCAGGGGCAUGGCCGGCGUCGUCUCCGGCGAGAUCCGCCCCAUGGUGCAGAGGAUGUACCGCGCCGCCGCCGCCGCCGGCGUCGGCGUUGCGCGCGUCCAGCUGAAGCGGAGGCUGUUCGAGCUCUCGCUCAGCGUCCUCAUGGAAGCCAUAGCGCAGACCAAGACGACGCGGCCAGAGGCGGACGACGCGGACACGGACAUGUCCGUGGAGGCCCAGGAGUUCAAGAAUGUCCUCGACGAGCUCAACCCGCUUCUCGGCGCGGCCAACCUGUGGGAUUACUUGCCGGCGCUCCGGGUGUUCGACGUGCUCGGCGUGAAGAGGAAGAUCGCGACGCUGGCCAACAGGAGGGACGCGUUCGUGCGCCGGCUGAUCGACGCGGAGCGGCAGAGGAUGGACAACGGUGUCGACGGCGGCGAUGAUGGCGAGAAGAAGAGCGUGAUCUCCGUGCUGCUUAGUCUGCAAAAGACUGAGCCAGAGGUCUACAAGGAUAUAGUGAUCGUGAAUCUUUGUGCGGCAUUAUUUGCUGCUGGAACAGAGACUACAGCAAUGACAAUAGAAUGGGCAAUGUCGCUUCUGCUGAAUCAUCCCAAGAUACUCAAGAAAGCAAAGGCAGAAAUAGACGCAUCCGUCGGGAACUCUCGCCUGAUCAAUGGAGACGACAUGCCUCAUCUUAGCUAUCUCCAGUGCAUCAUCAACGAGACGCUUCGUCUAUACCCUGUAGCACCACUGUUGAUCCCUCACGAAUCAUCCGCAGAUUGUAAGGUUAAUGGCUAUCACAUUCCAAGUGGAACGAUGCUGCUUGUCAAUGUGAUCGCCAUCCAAAGAGAUCCAAUGGUUUGGAAAGAGCCAAAUGAGUUUAAGCCAGAGAGGUUCGAAAACGGCGAGUCCGAGGGAUUGUUCAUGAUACCGUUUGGGAUGGGGAGACGGAAGUGUCCGGGAGAGACGAUGGCUUUGCAGACAAUUGGGUUGGUUUUGGGGGCUCUGAUCCAGUGCUUCGAUUGGGACAGAGUCGAUGGCGCCGAGGUUGAUAUGACGCAAGGCAGUGGACUGACCAACCCUAGGGCUGUCCCGUUGGAGGCCAUGUGCAAACCACGCGAAGCUAUGUCUGAUGUUUUUCGGGAACUCUUGUGAAGCAUCAUGGAAGCUGGGGCGGAUCCACCAGGUAGGCUUCAUCAGGCUCUAGCCUACCCUUCAAUUUUUGCAAAAAAAUAUCAACUACAUAGGAUAUCUUUCAUAACUGCUGUUGGAGGAAGACGAGAAGAGGUCGGGCGUCAGGAGGAAGAUGAACAGGAGCCCCAUGGGAGCGAUCUGAUUGGGGAGAGGGUGAAGCGGUAUGCAUUAAAGGCCCAAUUGGCCAAUUCUGCAUGGCCCAUUAGGCACCAACUCUUUGGGUAUUCAGCUUUAGGGAUUAGAUUGGACACAAGGCGAUGGGGAUGGCUCAUUGCAAUUGAGGGCUUGCGGCGGCGACGGCGCCAGUGGGCACGAGGUGCGGCGAGCGCACGGUGCCACAACGGCAGCCCAAGACCCGAGUGCCCACGGCUACGACGGGCGAAGGGGUGUUGGGCACUUGGGCGCUUGGCUGUGAGCCGUGACAGGCAUAGGCACACGUGACUGAAUUGGCAAUCCAUAUCGCUUCUCGCUGCUCGUCUAGUCUGUUGUGCUGCUGCUACCUAAAGUGAGUCCUAUCCUAUUUGUAUAUUGAAUCAGGUGAUUUAUCAUUUAUGAGAAAUUAAGACUUAAGUUUUGUA